UCAACAUAGCUCUUCAUAAGCUUGAUGUUUUCUCCUAAUCUCUAUUUUGCGCGUAUUCCAAACAAUUCCAAAUACCGAUUGACAUUCGGACUGCAUUGAACUAGACAGAGCGGCGAAGAGAGAAAAAUUGAGAAAAACAAGAGAAAAACCGAUGACAGGUGGAGUUUCGCGGCCAUUUCGCGAGGAUUAACGGGAGAGGAGAGGCUCCACCCGCUCCACUAUUCAGCCCCUCUAUCCCCGAUUGUUUACGCACGCGAUCGCGUCGUGUGGCGUGCGUGCGUGCGUGCGUGUUACAUUCUGCGACGUUGUACUCGUGGUCGCGCCGUACAGUACCGUGCCGUAUCGCGUUGUAACUUAUCGCGGUAACGGUAUGCCCAGCAAAAAGAAAAAGUACAACGCUCGUUUCCCGGCGGGUCGUAUCAAGAAGAUUAUGCAAACGGACGAGGAGGUCGGAAAGGUCGCCCAGGCGGUGCCAAUCAUAAUCUCUAGAACCCUAGAACUGUUUGUACACUCCUUGUUAACCAAAACCAUGCAGAUUACGAGUGCCAAAAAUGCAAAAACUCUUAGUCCAUCUCACAUGAAACAGUGUAUUCUGUCAGAGAACCGAUUUGACUUUCUAAAGGAUUUAGUAAAAUCCCUACCCGAUGUAUCGGGACCCGACGACGAAGUACCUAUGUCACCAGAGACUCCUGUUCCAUUGCAAAUCAAUGCACCAAGUGCAACCAUCGCGUGUUCAACGCAGAUGCUGCAUCCUGAUCCACUAGAAUAUCAAAAGCAUUUAGGAUUGCCAGUCAGCAUCGAAAUGAAUGUAAAUCAUAGGGGCACAAAGGACAAUGGAUCAAACGCAAUUGCGAGCAAUUUGAACCCUACUAACCAAAGGGCUGCGACAACAGUGGCAGGACAUUCGCAGGUUCCAGAAUUCCACAUGUCUAUACCCACGGCCUUUCAGAUUAGUCGACCAAAUUUUUAUACAGAACUUAACCCAAGUGCAAGCGACCAGCCAACAUCAAACUUUGCUCGCACCGCUAACAUCGAUGAGGAUUACGACACAUAGUAAUUUUUCUCACGACAUCUAGGAAGUUUAAAAACUCGUCUUAUUGAUUGUGUGACGCACGGAUUAGUUGAAAUACACAGUAGAAAGAACGCGUACACGCAUCAAAAACGUCUUUCAAUUGCUCACAUCACUUGUAAAAUAAUGUCAUUUGGUACUUUCAAAUUGAGAUGUUUCCUUAUUUGCUCAUGCGUAUAUGUAUUUUAUACGAGAUGUUCCACAGCAACAUACGUUUAAUAAUGGAGUUAUUUAUCAUCUUAUUUUUUUAUCUAUUAUUAAGCAAAUUUAUUUAAAUUAAAGGAGAAAAUUUUAUUGCAAAUAAAUGUCUCAUUUAAUCAUUAUUUUACAGACGUAUGACAUCUUGCAUGCCAUCGUUGUAAAAUUGCGUAAAAUAUUAAUUGGAUUAUCGUGUUAGGCUCGUCAAAUUUAGUUUUUUAUUAAUUAAAGUAACGUUUGUUUGUAAGUUGUAUGUGUGUGUGUGUGUGUGUUUGUAUAUAUACAAUAAUACAUUCUAUAUAUUUUUUUUAUAACUAUUAUUUCAUGUUGAUUUGUACUUUAAGAUAACUAUAUUUGCUGUCUUUAUCUUUUUUCAAGAUAUUAAGUGAUAAGUGAGAACGAAAAAGAGAAACGGAGAGAGAGUGUACAUGUUGAAACACUGAAGUUAAAAAAAAGUUUGAUAUCUUCUAGUUUUGCAAAAAGUCAGAAUUAAUAGGAGAACAUUCCAAUAAAAAAUCUUAACAAGUGGUACGAACUAAAUUCAACAAUUCAAAUUUCGCGCUUUGUUAUAACUAGUUAUUUUUCCAACUUUUUCGAAACUAAUUAAGCUUUUUUUGGAAGCUAAACUAACUACACUAGUUCACAGAUUAUUAUUAUCUUUAUGUUGGAAGAAGAAAGAUAAACUCUGAAAUAUUACAGCUCAGCCAAAAAAACCAAAUCUUUUGUUUCAUUGCUUCAAAAGAGUGCGGAACUUGUACUGGAUUUAGUUUGCACUACCUCUCGUAACUUAAUAACGAGGUGUUCUUCUAAAAACUUGGAUGGAUUUUUAGAGAAUAUCAAAAGACGUGUAUUUUGCAAUUGUGGCUCAGUUCUUUAUCGUUUUGGGAGUACAAAGAAAUUCAUAUAAAGAGACAUCGUAUGCAAUACGAAAUGAAAUAACAUUGUUGUAAUAUCUACAUAAAAAUUUUAUUUAAACGAUACUCAUUGUCGGAAGCUGGACGAUUUGAACGUUGUACUGUGUGUCGCAAAUAUGUUGUAUAAUCGUUGUGUUUACUUGUGAAAUCUUUGUCUUUGAUGAAUUAUUGUCGUUUAUGUAAACACAAUCGCAUUAUUAUUCAUAAUGCAUAUUUAAAUGAAAAAAUUUAAAAAAAGAACUGCGACGCUUAAUCAUGUAAGCAUGUCUCUGUUGAUAUAUCAUAAUUUCGACAUGAUAUAUUAUUUAUGCACUCUUUCUUUCUCGAUAUUGCGUUGUUGGUUUCCCUACCCCUUUUUUUAUUGUUUGGUAACUUCGAUCUCUUUACAAUGUUCAAAAAAGAGUCACGGAAGAUUAUUAAAAUUAUUAGAAAAUUCUUUGUCAAUGAAACGAUAAAGUACUAUACACAUGUUAAAUGCUUGACUUUGAUUAUAAAGCCGUCAAUUUUAUUGAAGAUCAGAUUGUUAUGUAUAAAACUGAUCUAUUACAUAAUUUCCAACACUCGAUAUUCGAUACAUUAUUAUUUGAGCAUUUCUCAUCUCUUUCAAUUUAUCACUUUCCUGCACUGUAGAAUAAAGAAUUUGCGCUACUGUAA